CAACAUGAUGAGAGUGCUGAUACUUCUCCGGACUGUGACAGUACUGUCGGUCAAGCUCGGAUUGGCGCUUGCGAGUGAUGAAUCGUCCCACUGCUGUCAAGCGCUCACCGACGCUGGGUUGGGUGACGCGCUAGUGUUUUCUGGUAUCGAGGCCUACGACAAUGAUCUGCAGAAGUACUUUUCGAAAUCUGCAGUCUUGACGCCGGAAUGCUUUUUACAGCCCCGAGAUGCCACGGAAGUAGCUUUGGCAGUGAAGACGCUGGUGGCCGCAAACAAGACCGAGCCAUGUCAAUUCGCGGUCCGUGGCGGGGGCCACACUCAUUUUGCUGGCGCGGCCGGCAUUGAGAAAGGUGUGACAAUCGAUCUCGGCAUGAUGAACGAUGUUACAUAUUUCCAAGACAACAGCUCUGUAUCAGUCGGAGCUGGAGCGGUUUGGAGCGAUGUGUACGAAGCGCUCGACAAGAUCGGCGUCAUGGUCACUGGAGGACGAUCGUCAUCGGUCGGUGUCGGCGGGUUGACCCUUGGAGGAGGAAACUCAUUCUACGCCGCGAGGUACGGAUGGGUGUGUGACAACGUUAUACGGUAUGAAGUCGUACUCGCCAACGGAACGAUCGUGGUCGCAACUAAAGAUGAGCAUCCUGAUCUCUGGCUGGCUCUGAAAGGUGGCAGCAGUAAUUUCGGUGUGGUCACGCGGUACGACUUUGCAACAUUCGAAGGAGGCAAGAUUUUUGGCGGCGUGGUCUUGUAUCCUGGAGACACAGCAGACAAGCAGCUGCAGGCCGUUAUCAAUUUCGGCAACAAUAUCGAGAAAGAUCCCUACGGCUCGGCCAUUGUCAUCAGCGUGAUGAUGUCGGACACGAAGACUCCGAUGUUCAUGAACAGCUAUGACUACACCAAGUCAGUCGAUGAACUGCCAAAGUCUGUCUUUGGAGAAUUCCUCAGCAUACCUGGAAACUUCAGCGAUUCGACAGGCCUCAGAAACAUGACCUCCCUGGCUCAUGAAUUCGAGGUAGCGAAAGAUCAUCGCGUCCAUUUCAGCACCUUGACGUUCAAGAGCGACAUUCGUGUCAUGCGCAAAGCCCAUGAGGCCUAUGAGAAUGUGACAAAGACACUUCUCGACCAGGCCAAGGGGGAUUGGGGGAUAUACACCUUGUACCAGCCAAUCCCAACACUGUUCUCCCAGCACUCCAAGGACAAAGGCGGGAAUGUCUUGGGGCUCGAUCGCUUCAAGGAGAACCUGAUCAUGUAUGAGCCAUACCUCAAAUGGCAGGGUGCGGAACAGGAUGAGCUAUUCCACGCGCAAGCACGGUAUCUUCGGGACACCAUAUCUUCGUACGCGAAGAGCAUCAAAGCAGACAACGAGUGGUUGUAUCUGAAUUAUGCAGACAAAGAGCAGCAGCCUCUGGAAGGAUAUGGCUUGGACAAUGUCCACAAGAUCCGAGCGGCAGCACAGAUAUAUGACCCAGAAGGAGUCUUCCAGUAUAUGAUGCCAGGCGGCUUCAAGAUCUCUCGGGUCAAGGAUUCGACUGUUCCAGGAGCGAAGUCUCAUCCCAGGAUCGGUGCCAUCGCAGGAGGCGUCGUCGGAGGCGUUGUCGGAGCGGCUCUAGUCCUUGGAGUUGUUUUUUUCUUCUUGCUCAACGCUCGCCCGCAGCCGAAUGCGCAUAAAGUCGUGGACCCUGUUAUCGUUCAUCCCAAAGCGUAGCGCGAUAGCUGAGUAGAUUACAUGGACCUGGCGAUUUGUCUUGGUGUAUGCUUCGGACUUCGGAGUCUGCGGCUUCCACUGUAUGCUCGUGCCUUGCGUGGAGCUCAUCGUCCUUCAGCGCGAAGACAUCCUGCGCUAUGGCUUCAUCUGCGGUCGAAAGAUGGUAAUAAUGUAGAGUUGAGAAGACAGCAGUGUGUUGGUGUCUCAGAUCAGCACAAGCUGGCGCUCGGCAGUCGCGUUUGCGGUGCGCCGGCAAAACCUUUCUGCCCUCUCCUUUC